UUGCGGCAGCCGGAGGCGGGGCGGUUCCAGGUCCCAGGACGAGGAAGCCGGAAGCCGAGUCCCAGAGACACCUUGUCAACCCUUCCCCGCUGGGGCCUGCGGCCUCCUUCCCGUCUGUGCCCGCGGCCCCGGCCCCAGGCGUUGGGCUGCAGAGUGGGACGGGCAGUGCCCUCACCUGCCUGUGAGCGGUAGCGUCCUGCCCAGCCCGCAGAGGACGGCCCCAGAGUGAACGCGGCCGGGCCAUGGGGACCGCACUGGUGUACCACGAGGACAUGACGGCUGCGCGGCUGCUGUGGGACGACCCCGAGUGCGAGAUCGAGCGUCCUGAGCGUCUGACCACAGCUCUGGAGCGCCUGCGGCAGCGCGGCCUGGAGCAGAGGUGCCUGCGGCUGGUAGCCCGAGAGGCCUCGGAGGCGGAGCUGGGCCUGGUGCACAGCCCCGAGUACGUGGCCCUGUUGCGGGGAACCCAGGCCUUGAGCACUGAGGAGCUCCAGGCCCUAUCCAGACAGUUCGACGCCGUCUACUUCCAUCCGAGUACCUUCCACUGUGCCCGGUUGGCCGCAGGGGCUGCUCUGCAGCUGGUGGAUGCAGUGCUGGCGGGAGUUGCACGCAACGGGCUCGCCCUGGUGAGGCCGCCUGGGCACCACAGCCAGAGGGCCGCCGCCAAUGGAUUCUGCAUGUUCAAUAGUGUGGCCAUAGCAGCCAAGCAUGCCCAGCAGAAACAUGGACUGCACAGGAUCCUCAUCGUUGACUGGGACAUCCACCAUGGUCAGGGCACCCAGUAUAUCUUUGAGGAUGACCCCAGCGUCCUUUACUUCUCCUGGCACCGCUAUGAGCACGGGCGCUUCUGGCCCUACCUGCGAGAGUCCGAUGCAGACACCGUCGGCCGCGGGCGGGGCCUUGGCUUCACGGUCAACCUGCCCUGGAACCAGGUCGGGAUGGGAAACGCUGAUUACAUGGCCGCCUUCCUGCAGGUGCUGCUGCCCUUGGCCUUUGAGUUCAACGCCGAGCUGGUCCUGGUUUCGGCAGGGUUUGACUCCGCAAUCGGGGAUUCCGAGGGGCAGAUGCAGGCCACGCCCGAGUGCUUCGCCCACCUCACGCAGCUGCUGCAGGUGCUGGCUGGUGGCCGGGUCUGCGCUGUGCUGGAGGGCGGCUACCACCUGGAGUCCCUCUCCCAGUCCGUGUGCAUGAUGGUACAAGCGCUGCUCGGCGACCCCGCCCCGCCGCUCUCAGGGCCCAUGGCUCCGCAUGGCAGCGCCCUGCAGUCCAUCCAGAGUGUCCGGGCAGCGCAGGCCCCUCACUGGAUGAGCCUCCGGCAGCAAGGUGUGGCCCCUGUACUGAGUUCCAGCACUCGCUCCCCGGGGCAGGAGCCCUCGCCUCCAAUGCCUGCGGGGCCUGAGUUCAAGACAGCAGCAGCCCAGGCCGUGGCUGCGCUGAGCUCCCUCCUGGACCAGCUACGCCUCCGUCCCACGCCCCCUGUCCGCACUGCUCUUGCCUUGCCUGCGCCACUGGACGGUGACCUGGUCCUGCCCCAUGACGUCCUCUGUCAGGAGGGGUCAGCCCCACAGGAGGAGACGCAGGCCUGGGCCAGGCCACACGAGGCCCUGGCCCAGGAUAAGGCCCUCUCUGCACUUGGGAGGGUCCUGCACCUCUUGGACAGGAUCCUGGAUGGGCAGGUGAGCAGCGGCAUCGCAGCCACCCCAGGCCCUGCUGUAGCUGCCACCCUGGACGUGGCCAUUCGGUGUGGCCUGUCCCACGGAGCCCAGAGGCUGCUUUGUGUGGCUGUGGGACAGCUGGAUCGGCCCCCCGAUCUCACCGAUGACGGGGGGACUCUAUGGCUGAACGUCGGGGGCAAAGAGGCAGCUGCCCUGUCCAUGUUCCACGUCUCUGUGCCACUGCCAAGGACAACCGGUGGGUUCCUGAGCUGUGUCCUGGCCCUGGUGCUGCCCCUGGCCUACAGCUUCCAGCCUGACCUGGUGCUGGUGGUACUGGGGCCUGCUCAUGGCCUGCAAGACCCCCAAGCUGCACUCCUGGCUGCACUGCUUCGGGGCCCAGCAGGGGGCCGAGUCUUGGCCCUUGUGGAUGAGGAGUCCACACCCCAGCUUGCGGUGGUCCUGGCCAGGGUGCUGCAUGGAGAGGCACCCCCCAGCCUGGGCCCCUUCUGCACGGCCUCCCUAGAGACCAUGCAAGCCCUGAUGCACUUGAGGGGGCAGCUGGAGCCACAGUGGAAGAUGCUGCGAGUGGCCGGUGAGACUGGGAGGCCAGGCUCAGCCUGAAUGUUGGGGCCUUGGGCGAUAGCAGCCUUAGAGCUGUGGGGAGAGGGGCUCCUGUUCCGGGAAUGAGGUGCUGCCCUGAACCAGCUUACAGCUGUGUCAGGCUGCUUGCGCACCUCUUCCCAGCUCCUCCUUGAGUGCCCUGACCUGGUGGCUUGAAAUCGGCCAGGGUGGGACUAUUUACACCCCGAAAAAGGCACUACGAAGCAGUCUCCCAAGAGCCUGCAGGUGACCAUUCACCAGCACGCCUCUGCCUGAGGCCCCUGUCCGGAGGUCUAGGCUCCAAGGCUGCCAGGACCCUGGCUCCGGGGCUCUGUGACCCCUGCAGCGGCCUGGAACCCCCCUUCCCGCGACCCGCCUCUGCGCAGACCGCUCGCCCCUCGCUUCUCCGCGCCGCCGAAUCAGUAAACAUCCGUUCUGCGAAA